UGUGGCUGUUCGUAUGGUAUAUAUAUCGCCGGUAAGUUGAAGAAACUUCACUACACCACACGGUAGCCAGUCAAGACCGAAAAAUCAGAAAUGCUGAGACUUCUAGCCCUCGCUUCCAUCAUUGCCUGCACUGUUGCAGACUACUACCCAAAGUCUUAUGGACUUAUGAUGGGUGGUCUUGGGGGUGGAUCUAUUGUUAGCGGAGGAAUGAUUGGUGGAGGAAUGAUUGGCGGAGGAAUGAUUGGCGGAGGUUUUGGUGGUGGUUCAGCUGCCGCUGCUUCCGCUGCUGCUGCAGGAGGUGCUGCUGCCGCUGCCGCCGCCGCUGCCGCUGGACGAGGUGCCGCCGCUGCUGCUGCCGCCUCUGCUGCCUCUGGUGGUGUUGGAGGAUUCGGUGGAUGGGCUCCUACAUAUUAUCUCCGACCCUCAUAUAGCUACCCAGUUUAUGGAUUGAUGGGAGGUGGUCUUGGUGGACUUGGAGGUGGAUCAGCCGCUGCUGCUGCCGCUGCUGCCGCUUCUUCUGGUCUUGGUGGUUUCGGUGGUGGAUCAGCCGCUGCCGCCGCUGCUGCUGCCGCUGCUGGACAAGGUGCUGCCGCUGCUGCUGCCGCCGCUGCUGCUUCCUCUGGUCUUGGUGGUUUUGGUGGUCUUGGAGGUGGAUCUGCCGCUGCCGCUGCAGCCGCCGCUGCUUCCUCUGGUCUUGGUGGGUUUGGUGGUUUUGGUGGUGGUUCAGCUGCCGCCGCUUCCGCUGCUGCUGCUGGAGGUGCUGCUGCCGCUGCUGCCGCCGCUGCUGCUGGACAAGGUGCUGCUGCCGCCGCUGCUGCCGCUUCCUCCGGUGGUGUAGGAGGAAUUGGUGGAUGGGCCCCUACAUACUACGUACAGCCCUCCUAUAUGAUUGGUGGCUUCAGAAGCAAGAAGGUAUACUAAAUUGAAAACCAAGACAGACGAGUUUGAUCAGUUUUGGGCUGUAUUGUUUGUAUAUGUGUAUGUCUAUGUAAUAAAUUUUAAACCAGUUUUAA